AUAUACUACGGUCGUAUGAUACCCUUCGUUCAAGCUAGCGGGACGGGAAAGUCUCGUCUAGCAUGGGAGCUAGGGCUUCGAAUACCUGCAUUCUGUGUUUGUUUCCGAGAGGGCGAACUACCAACCUCAGGAUGGCCUCCUCGUGACAUCAACCGAAAGUCCUUUGAUGGGCUCGACGAGCAGCAGUCCAUCUUCGUGGUGAACUCACAGGCGGAGGAGAAGGCGGCUGCCUUUCUCGGUGCGCUCGUGGAGGUUUUGCGUGACACAGCGCCUGUCGAUCUUCCACUGCAGGCCUGGGUCAAUGACUGGUCUAUCAAGGAUCCAACCGAUCUCGAGGGCUCAAGUCGCCACCGUUGCUUUGAACAGGUGAAAAAACUCACUCAUAAACGGCUGACUACGUUCAAGGAAGAAUUGUACGCCAAGAGACCGUCUCACGACGGCACGACGGCAACGGAGGCUGAUAACGACACCGGAGUCCAAAGAUUGAGGAUCAGCGUUACCCGUUGGCACGAGCUUUUGUUCAAAAUGCUUGCAAAGCCGGCUUUCGAUAUGCUCGCGGGAUCAGUGCAACAUUUAGGGCAUACGAGAUUCCUUCUAAGUCUCGAUGAAUGUACAGAACUCAACGAUCCCAGCCUACUUGUUGGUCCGAAAGGUCCUCAGCGAAAGAUGUCGCUCAUCGCUCUUCAGCGUAUCAUCAAGGCCGCAGACCAAUUCACUUUCCCGCACGGUAUCGAAUUUUGGUAUAUGCUCUUGGACACGAACUCCUCCUUAUAUGAGCUCGCUCCUUCUGGGCCUGAUGCGUCAUCGUAUCGUUUAGCGGGUGCACUUAAACCCUUGCCUGUGUGGUGUCACGUCGACUUCGACCAGAUGCGUCGAGAUGUUGAGCUCAAAAGCGCGGAGCAAGCUCUUCUGAUCCGCUUUCUUGCAAUGUUCGGCCGGCCUUAUUGGUAUACGCUUGGUGACUCUCCAGACGUUGUGCGUGCUGCGAGGAAGAAACUCAUAUAUCACGACAAAUUCGAUCCGGAAAACCUCGAUCAUGUGUUCGCCAUCUUCGCGAACCGUAUCGUGCUAGAACUGAGUGACAAGAAGCAAUCGAGCCAAAUCGCUGUACAUGCCGUACGCAGUCAUAUGCGCCUCCUCACCGAUGUUUUGGAUGGAUUCAUCGUGACCAAUGCGCCUUCGGAACCGAUGCUUGCCAUCGCUGCGGCAGAUAUCUUGAAUGACAGCCCGCGAAACUAUGCGAAAGCGGUGGAGACGCUGGUGCGACUACUCAUUAUCGACAGGAUCGUGACUGAUCGAGGGCGACAAGGUGACUUAUGCACCAGGCUCUUAUUCAUCCUCACGCGCGACAAGGCGACACUCUCGAAUGGAGGAUCGUUCGUCGAUUGCCCAGAACCUGCUCGACGCGGUGUGCGCCCUUUGAAACUGUCAGACUUCCUUACAACCUUGUUUGGCGACGACCUCGGCGUCAAGGAUCAGAACAAGGGGGAUGAAGUCCAGGGCCUUCUUGUUGAUGCAGGGAAUAUCUGGAUGAAUUUUACUCACUGGACUCAAACCGACGAGGAAAUCAGCAUCAUCACUUCCGAGUGGCUUUAUGAACUGUGGUGUCGAGGUGUCGCCGUACAGUGCACCCAUGGUCAGUCCGUAUUCGAUUCGCUGGUCGUAACAUACCGCGGAGACCUCGCCCAGCCUUUCGACAAGAGUUUGCUCGGAUAUAUCGUCGUCCACACGAAGGCGCGAAUGAAAGCAUCCGAACGGAAGCUAGCUGCUGCACUGGCAAGCCCUGUGAUC